AGCUAGCGCUAGCCCCACUGGCUAAGUUAGCUAACAUCAUAGCAGGGAAAGUCAUCGUUAGCCACAAGCUAAUUUAGACGCUGAAAUGCACCGUAUCGGCAAGUUAAGGUUUAACUUAGAAUAACAAGUGUUGUUCUUUGGUAGUUUGGGUUGUGAGUCCUCUGCCCUGUCUUUGAUCUGAGCUGGAGAAGAAGAGGCUAACAUGGCAGCCAAAGCAGGAGACAACCCUGAUAGCCUCAUGACUCUGUCAACAGUCUUCUGCCUGAAGAACCUCAGGAAGACCAUGUGCUACCAGGGUAUCAGGAACAAGCUCUGCCUGCGUUCAGACAUCUUCCUUCCCAGUGAAAUCUGCGACAAGCUGGUCAACACAUACAUGGAGUUGGUCCACACAGAUAGUAACUUUGAACCAGAGGAGAGCUUCUUCCAACUAUUCUCAGACCCUCGAAGCACCAGACUGACCAGGGUGCAGCUGAGAGAAGAGUUUGUACGUGACAGAGAUCUUGAGGCCAUUAGAAAACAGGACCUGAUUGAGCUCCACCUCACCUACUGCAACAGUCUGUCAUCCCGCAGCUUGAAAACACUGACCUGCUUCCGUGAGACGUUGGUGUCUCUUUGUCUCUUCGGCUGCAGUCACAUCUUCUACAGGAAGGGUGGUGCUCCACUCGCUUGCAAUGAAGAUACAGAGAACGAGGAGGAGGAGAGCCCUGCUUCUAGGCAGGCAUUAGAGACGGACUUUAAUUUCCAGGGGUUCAACCGCCUCAGGUUACUCAAUUUAGGCGGCCUGCCUGACGAGGUGGAUGCUGAGUCCCUCCUCAAACCCCUGAAGUCACUCACCUCACUAGAUCUGUCUAAUGUACAAUUGCUGGGAACAUCUUUUCUCACCCAGUGGAGAGACAGACUGGCAUCUCUUGUUCUCUACAAUGUGGACCUGUCAGAGGAGUUGGUCAAUACAGUGGUGGAGAUUGUUAAUCUCAGGCAUCUUGACAUCUCCCGAGAGAGCAGACGGACCUCUAAGUUUAAGAUGACCAGGAAAAUCCUGACAGCCAUAGUCCAGCGUCUGAUCAAUUUGGUGUCACUGGACAUCUCAGGGCACACUAUGCUGGACAACUGCACAGUUCCACACUUUGAAGAAGCUAUGGGUCGGCCAAGCACUGAGCCAUGCAAGAGCAGCAUCUAUCCUUUCCAGGAGCUGAAGAGGCCCCUGCAGUUUUUGGGCUUAUAUGACACCACCCUCUGUAAUGUGACACACAUCCCUGCUUAUAAGGUGACUGGAUCAAAGAAUGAAGACCAGGUCCUAAAUGCCAUUGAGGCUUACACAGAGUUUCGCCCUGAGCUGGCCCACAGAGCAAUCAAUCAGCUGUUUGACAUUGCCAGAAUACAACACUGCAGCCAACUGCUCCGAGCUUUGCAACUUGUCAUCGCCGCAUUAAAGUGCCAUAAAUAUGACAAAAGCAUCCAGGUGACUGGCAGCGCUGCUCUGUUCUACCUGACCAACACAGAGUACCGUAGUGACCAGAGUGUGCGGCUGCGUAGAGAGGUCAUUCAAGUGGUACUAAAUGGAAUGGAGCAGUACCAGGAGGUCACUGUCCAGAGGAACUGUUGCUUGACUCUGUGUAACUUCAGUAUUCCAGAGGAGCUAGAGUUCCAGUAUAGUCGGGUCAACCAGCUGCUGCUGAAAAUCUUGGAGCCAGCCAGGCAGGAUGAGUCCAUCCAGAGAAUCGCUGUGCACCUCUGCAACGCUUUGGUCUGUCAGGUGGAUAACCAUCACAAGGAAGCUGUCGGAAAGAUGGGAUUUGUCAAGACAAUGUUGAAUUUAAUUCAGAAGAAACUCCAGGACAGGAUGUGUGACCAGGUGAUGGAGUUUUCCUGGAGUGCUCUGUGGAACAUCACUGAUGAGACGCCCGACAACUGUCAGAUGUUCCUCAACUGCCGGGGCAUGAGUCUCUUUCUGGAUUGUCUACAGGAGUUUCCAGACAAACAGGAGCUUCACCGCAACAUGUUGGGGCUUUUGGGAAAUGUUGCUGAGGUCAAAGCACUGAGGCCACAGUUGCUCACCCCACAGUUCAUCACUGUAUUCAGUAACCUGCUGGACAGCAAGGCAGAUGGAAUCGAGGUGUCGUACAAUGCAUGUGGCGUGCUUUCACACAUCAUGUUUGAUGGGCCAGAGGUUUGGUCGAUGGAAGAGCCGCAAAGAGACACAGUGAUGUCCAAGAUGUGGGAUGCCAUCCAGAGCUGGGACGUCAGCUCACGCCGCAAUAUCAACUACAGGUCAUUUGAGCCCAUUCUGCGACUGCUGCCCCAGAGCAUCUCCCCUGUCAGUCAGCACUGGGCCACGUGGGCUCUCUACAACCUGGUAUCAGUUUACCCAAACAAGUAUUGUCCCUUGCUGAUUAAGGAAGGAGGAAUAAGUCUUCUAGAGAAAGUUCUGGAACUGGAGAGCUCACAUCCAGAUACAAAGGACAUGGCCAGCAAAGUAAUGGAGCAGUGUGAAAAAUUCAAAGACGAUCCCAUGGAAACAAAUCAAGGGCAGGAGGUAAACUAUGGACAGAGAGGUUGACAGCACAGGAGCCAUGAUUCCCGGCAAACAUCAAGCAAAACAACCUAAAGCCCCUCCUACUGUCAUCACCACAAGGGUCAAUUGUGUGCAUUAUUCUUAUUCUUAUCAUUCUUUUGUAGAGCAGAAAUGUGUUUCUGACCCUCUUCACAGCAGUUUGGACAAAACCUUAAUAUAUGACACAUAGGACUUAAGAUGUGGUGCAUGGUGUUUUUUUGUUGUGAGGGUGCUUACCGUUGAUGCACAUGAGCAUCUCUUCAAUUGGGCCAGGUUUGUUGGAGUGGUUGACUAUAAUCUCUCAGUGUGUGUGUGUGUGUGUGUGUGUGUGUGUGUGUGGGGGGGGGGGUCAAAGAUUUAAUAAUGGAACAAAACAGUUGGAGUAACGCUUGGUUCUCAGUGGAAGGCAACUAAAGCCCUCCCAAGCUCACUACCCAGUACUGUGUAACAUUGAACAAUAGGCUGAAGGCCGCGUAGUGUCCCGCACAACCAUCAGAGGUCUCAGCUCUCACACUACUCAAUCUUAGUCGCUCGUGCUUGCGGGGGCCUCUGAGCUGUUGACGCUGAUGUACAGUGAAAACUAGCCAUUAUGUGUGUAGCGCAGAAAAGCACCACACUGAUGUUGAUGGGAGGGAAGUCUACCCAGACAUUGUGGCACAAUGAUGGAAUGAUUUGUUAAAUAUGUAAAUAUUCUCUGUUUGUCUCAUCCUUUUACUGUGUGUAGGUUUUUUAAUAUAACUGUAAACACUCAUGACUUUACUCUCUAUUUAAAUGUGUUUAGAUUUGACUGACUAAGUGCUAAGAAACUAUAUACAGAAUACCCAGUCAUUCAAAACUCUUCUUCAUGGAUCAUUUAGAUUUAGUUCAACCUUACUUCUGUCUUUAAUUGUCUGGCAUUUUAACCUGAUUCUGUUGAUUCUUCUUACUGGAAGCAGUAGUGAGCUUCAACUAUGAGGGACAUCAAAACACCCAAAGCAAAUACACUAUGUGGCCAAAAGUAUGGGGACACUACCAGCCCAGUGCGCAAAGCCAGGUCCAUAAAGACAUGCCUUUCCCAGUUAUGUGUGGAAGGACUAGGCUGGCCUGCAAAGUGUCCUGACCUAAACCCCAUCCAACACCUUUGGGAUGAAAUGGAUCACUGACUGCAGGCCAGGCGUUAUUGCCCAGCAUCAGUGUUGGGCCUCACUAAUGCGGUAUGUAUGUUUAAAGUUGAAACUGAGAUGAUCUGUUCAGGAAGUCAUUAGUGGCUCUGAGACAUAAUGUAUCAUGAUCACAUGGAGGGACUGCUUCAAAUGUUUGACUGACUUGAGUGAAUACAGAAGAAUCAAGUUUGAUCCCCACCUCUAGUGAACGUAAAGGUUGAAUUCCUACUCCAGCUAUCACAGCUCUCCCCCUCACUUUAACCAAGUGGUUUUGGUGUAUUUUGACUGCACCUUUUUUCUUAACCCAAAUCAGUCUGACGUUAUUCACUCCAUUUGGUGUUGUGGUCUUAAAAGUGCCCUGUGGAGUUUCAAUGUUUCUCACCAAAACUCACUGUGCAUGUGCUUGAGGCCUAACUUGUUGAAUGCCUUUUUCCUCAUAAAUAUUUUUAAAGCUGAUUUUUAAAAUUAUUUUUAUUUUGCAACCUGCAAAGGGUUUCUAGCUCAGUCUUCUUCUUUGCUGGCACACUGCUGUCUUGCCACCAACUGUCUAUAAAUGGAAUGGCAUACUGUAAACUGUCAGCACAAAUAUCUCUAGCGCUGCCCACACGCUCUUCUAUGAGGGUCCUUUUACGUGAGCUGAAGUUACAAACAAAAUGGUGACCUGCUCAUCAGACCAGUGCACCACACCACUACUAGUGGUUAAAACCUCCACAGGGUACAUUUUAGGCUGACCCUAACCAACUGGCUUCUUCACUGACACUGAGAUCAUUUACAGGAAGAGUUGAAUUAGAAAACUCCUCUGCAAACAGCAUUGACAGUAAAUGCCUCACAUGAGAAAGUGUUCGCUUGGCUAUCAAAGGCAGUUUCUUACAUUCACAACUACAAUAUCAAAAUCAAACAAAAAUGUCCUGUUUUUAAUAUCUUGUUUUAACGCUUUAAUGAUAAAACCUGCAAUUUAUUUCAGAAGUACAACAGACACACACAGGAUGUUUUCCAUUGUGUAUCAUAACCACGUCCGCAGUAACACACCUGAUUUGGGACAGUUGAUGUAUGCUGUGUUGGGGUUGCCUUUCUGUCCUUAACAUUCAGAGGACAGUACAGUUGUGUACCCACUGAAUAUAUUUACAGUAAUAUGAAUCAAAUAAGGAAGGUUUCUUAUUUAAGUCUCCAUGCCAGUAUCAGUGAGUGGAAAUGAUUUAUGGUUUAAUUCUACUGAUAGUUGUAAUUUAUUAUUUUUUUCUGUGUUUCUGUGGCUUGGCUCUCAGCUAGUGAUUCCAUAAUUGAUUAAUCAGAUUUUUUUGUCUUGUCGGACCAACAGCCCAGACCCCAGAGCUAUUAAAUUUUCAGUGGCAUUAAACAAAGAAAAGAAGUGUUUAUUAAUGACCACAAUUGUUGCAGAUUUAAAUGCCAAUCAGCACUUGAGCACAGUUUCACAUAUGUACUCUGAUUAGGUCUGUGCUACAGUAUGUUUCAGCCUUGGUUUAAUCCUGAGAACAUUGCAUUGCUGUCAUUUUAAUUUUAAGUUUCACUUUAAUAAAUGACCUGAAUGGGGUUGAAUGAGCAGUUUGAGUGAUUAAAGACUCACUUCUCCCACAGCGGUAAAUGCAGCACUGAGGCUGAUAACAGGAUUGGAUGGUGCGUGUAUUAAAUUAAUUUUGCUCCUAAGCCACAGAGUGCCAGGAACUGAAAAUCCGCGGCAGUGAGGGAAAAUACUUUACAUCACCAGUCAUAGUGCAUAACCUCAUUCAAAAAGUUUUUUUCUCCAACUGCAAAAUGCGUAUUGCACAAUGGUUUCUAAUAUGUAGCACACUGGCACCACAGUGUGUGCGCCUCGAGUAGGUUCCCAGUAUCAGACUCUGUACAGUGUCCUUCACAGUCCCCAACAUUUACAGUUAAGGAUUAUGUUCAGUGAUGUCUAACUGAUCUUUUUAAGCUAUUUCAUAUCAGUUGUGUCGAGUUGAUCCACUGACUUGAUUUCCUGAUUCUCAUGUACAGUUUUUCUUUGUGUGAUUUGUGGGAAUCUGAUUGGCACAGCUUUGUUUCUAUUGCUAUUUCACAAUCACAGUCAUGGUGAAAAUGAGUAUUCCAGACAGUGGUGUGAGAUGAAAAGCUUUAGUAGAGACUCACUUAAUGUUUCUGUUUUGAAUUCAAAUGUGUGGAUUUGAAGAGGAUAUACCAUGCUUUCACAUACGAUCGAAACAAAUUUCUUAAGAUUCACACAGUGUUUGAAUAGCUCCUAGAGAAAGUAGAUAAUUAUUUGGACAUCUUAAGUCAGUUACCUAUUCUCUGCCAUUUGAAGUCAUUAAAUGUUUCAAUUUAUGCUUUCUAUAAAACAGUGACAGCAGGUAGCUACUGUCGGGGGUUGAUUGUAAUUUAUAAAGGUGUAUAUGUGCUGGGAAGUGAAAUACUGUUUCAGGGGAACUGCAGUGUCAAACUGUUCAGAAUUUCAUCUACUAAUUUCUAAAUGUUUCUAAAGUCUGUCAACACUUACUCCUUUCUUGCUGAUAAGUGUAAUCCAAAAUGGUGAGAAGGAUAUUGGAUUCAGACAUUAUGGAAUUCCUAUUUUUCCUGAUCUAACUAGUACCAGGCCAUUAGUGUAAAGAUAUGAUUAAGCAAUAAAUAUGGAGUGGUUAAAUGGGAA